GUGUGUGUGUGUGUGGGUGUGUGUGUGUGUGUGUGUGUGUGUGUGUGUGUGUGUGUGAAAGAGAAAGAGGGGGUUAAGAGGUCAGGGGAAGCAGAGUGACAGGUUCUCAUUCUCUUUCUACCUCCAAUAAAUCCAGGCCGGUACAAAGGGCCUGGACAGGUCACUCUGGCUGAGAUUAUGGGGUUGUCAGGGCUGAUGGCGGAAGAGAGAGAGAGAGAGAGGUAAACAUGGGAAGGAGGCAAAGCGGGAGACGGCGCGAGGAGAAGGAGCUGAGAGAACGAGAGAGCUUUUUAACUUUAUGAAUAGUGUGGGCGGUUGGAUCGGUGCUUUUUGUGCGAAGCCUCGUUUGACUCAUUCGAUUUGAAUGGUGGGUUUUCAUCAGGGUAAGCGAGUUGGCCACCAUUCUGAGAAGCCGUCAUGUUCAAAUCAAACUCGGGAGUCUUACCUGGCACUCAGGAGUGCAACCAUGGCUGAUUAUCCUUUUUUUAACAGGGACCGGAGUUGUACGGAGCGUGUUGUUAUCACUACAUACGAGUCUGAGGCUGGGGGGGUGUGUUUUUGUGAACAUGAGGGAAGCAUCGACCGGUAGGUCCCACACAUCUGUAGGAUGCUGACACCGCUGCAUUUCCCAGUGUGAGCAUUCUGCUGCUGACUUCAAGCAAGACUGUAGAACUUUUUAAAAGAAGAAAUAACACAUUCUUCUCAAAUUCUCAACCACUAAAUGGCACCGCAUGCCUACUUCAACAUACUCAGGGGUUUGACCGCUACAGUACAAGAGCCUCACUCUGGUGUGACCAGUAGCCAACGGUAAGCCAAACUUUACAUCGUUAUUGCUGUGUAACAGAUAUUACUGAGCUGAAGUCUCUCGACUUCAUGGCCCUACUCCACUUGUGCUACAUGCACACUACAUCUUUGCAUUCACCACCAUCCUGUAAUUGCCACUUGUGGCCACAGUUACACAGCUCUGUAAUGUUACAUAGUACUUUAAUGUCCUUCUCUAUCAGCACAUUUUUAUGGAAAAUUGUAGCUUAAUACAACCUCGUUCUUGUUGGCUUCUCCAAGGAGGUUAUGUUUUUGGUUGGUUUGUCUUUUUGACAGCAGGAAAUUACGGAAAAACUACAGGAACGAUUGUCAGGAAACUUUGCGGAAGGGCACCACAUUUGGAAUUUGGUGGAGAUCAAGUGUUGUUUGCCAUUGUUCCUACUGGUAAUACCAUUGUAUUCACCCCGGUAAUUCUUGCAAUUUGGGAUUGGCAUUUGCCAACAUAAAGCGUGCGCCAUCAUGCCGUCUCACCUAACUUAUUUAGAAAAGAGAAACGGAAGGUAAACAGGAAAAUUAGCGACCAAACUGGCAUCAAUCCAUCCCAGUUUACGGACCAACUUCCUGAACUGUCUCCAACUUCACUUACCUUUUUCCUGUGCGAGGGGGGAUUUGAUUGAGCUCACAUGCAACUGCAAAUAUAGUUUUGUCUUUAUCAACCUGGGCUUACCGCUGUAGCAAUGUCACCGUGAUCCCAGUCCCUCCCCCGCCGACAGGUGCCCAUAUACAUUCCCACUCCCACGGUUCAGCUUUAGCUCAGUUUGGCACAACAGCAGCGUAAAAAAAAAAAUCCCCUUUUAACCGCCAUGCCAUUAGCUCCUCACUCUUAACGUUGAACUGGCUAUUACAACAUUUAAGUGCCGUGAUAACGGUGUAAGUCCCCUCCUGAGGGCAGGACGGAACGACCCGCGCGUCGUUGAGGCGUGGGCACUUAGUCGCCCCCGGCGCUCCACUCUAAUAUCCACAUAACCUGGCCCUUAAUGGUUCAGGACCAGCUCGGCGCCAGCUUCCUCAUUAUCUACCUAUUGUUCCAGAUGGAUGUUUUACGAUGGGCGGGGUUACAUCUCUGGCGGUCGAGAGCGCAGUCGGCGAGCAGAUAAUAGCUUCCGAUUCCAUCGAGAAUUAAAAGGAGAAGCCGCGUUCCAACUGGCCCAGCAGGAGUCCCUCACAACACGAGGCGAGAAGAAGAAAGAAAAGCAGUCAGUUCAGAAACGAGAGAACUCUGAGGCAGAGAGAGAGAACCAGCCAGCAGAAACACUCCGGUUCAGAGACAAGUGACGUGUGUGUGUGCGUGUGUGUGUGCGUGCGUGCACACGCUGCAGUCGGCUGGGGAGCGUGCACGGUGUUGGCUCUCCUAAUAUUGAACUUGGGAGCGGAGUGAUAAAUACACUCCCUCUCCCAGAGAGAGAGAGAGAGCCACAGAAGUGCUGCAGAACUCAUCUUGUGUGGCCACUCUAGUGGAACAUGGACUUUUCAUUCUUUUCUUUUUUUCUUUUUCUAACUCCGUUCUUUUUCUUCUUGGAGGAGUGCAACAAGUAAUGCAAAAAAAAGAAGAAGUGGUGUGUGGUGGAGGUGACUGGGGUUCGUGAGAGUGAUCAAUGGAGAUUGAUUUUGCGUGUGUGUUCUCGAGAGUUGGCCAUAAGCGCGGCCCGCUGCCUCCUCCUCUAUCAGUCUCCCCCCCUCUCUCUCUCUCUCUCUCUGUGCUUUAUCUCUCCAGCACCGACACACUCUUGUGUCCUCGCAGUGAAAGGAGAAAGGCAUCAGCACACCACACCUGCUGCUCUGUCUGCUCUAACAUACUGCGCGCAAUCAGACCCAAUGCGGGGCGGAUGUGAACCUCUCCAUCUUCAACACAAAGUACGCGGUGCAGCUUCACGGGUAGAAUUCAGCGCCGUUCAGAGAUUUGAUGCCGUCGCAUUUUCUGUAUUUAUUACUUGAAAGGCUCGAACCCGUCUCGUAUACAACUGUCUCGCGCUCGCAAAUGCGUUUUUGUAGCAGCCACACAAUGCCGCCGAGAUUUCAUUUUCUAUCACCUUAAUGAGGGAAUAUUUAUAUUGAACAUCUGUAAAAUGUUUAUUGUAUUUAGAUAUAUCCACCCCUGGCAAGUACAGCAUGAUUAACAUUUUCAUGAUGAUGCUUUGAGAACUCAAAGCAGCUGGUUAAUGUUUGUAAAGCCCGGUCUCUGGUGUCAAAGUAAACGUAAUCACGGCAACAAUUACCUUUCCGACUAAAUGUCUUCGCCAAAGCACAUCAGUCCUUAUCCGUGAGUCCUCCGUUGGGAUAUAUUUCCAGAUAUACACAAUUUCACCAUAGUGAAUAUCCGUUUGGGCUUGCUUUUGCAGUAGACGCCAUGCUGUUUUGCCGUAUCGAAUGUGUUAUUUUUAACUACCCUGCUGGAUUUAGAUGCUGGCAAGUUAAAGGAACACCUGAAUAAAUGAAUUUCGACAUCGGGGCUCCCCGGCACACACACAUCCAAUGUUUUGAUGAGUAUGAAAAUGAUGAUGUGAAUCACAGCACCAAUACAACAGCUGUGUGACACUUUGGAGUAACAUGUGAGACAGCUCAUCAUAUCCACACACCUGUGAUGGUGAGGUGGACCGACACCUUGCUGAGACGGUUUGUGUCGUGUUUCUCUCACCUUCUUCAUUUUUUUACCCCCAGAGAAGCUAAUGCCGUCCCUGACCUGAGCUUGUUACCCCAGUUGCACUUUUUGUCUUUUGUCUGGUGCUGGUGCGGCUGGUUGUUAAGGUGUCUGGGCCGGUGCCAGUUAAAGCCCUGAUUUAUCCCCUCGUAGGGCCCAAGGCUGGCAGGGAGGGAAGCUUUUAGGAAAUCUCCUGCAAGUGAAAGCCUCAUUCUGGAGCCGAGCUGGAGCGAGUCAGAGAUGAAAGCCAACCUGCUUUAUUCUUCCUUGACCUCCACAUACCCUCUUCCACUUCCUCUUCCUCCCUUUUCCUUACACUUCUCUCUUCGCUCGUGCUCCGGUGAUCUCUCUAUCGCUGCCCCGGUGACACGCCCGGUUGCCCCCGGUGACAAUGGACUGGUGGUAAUAGCUGUAGAUGGUGGAGAUAACAAUGUUCUGCACAGUCACCUCUACCUCUGCACCUCCUUUUCUCCUUUUUGCUCUCCUUUCCUUCUUCACUUCCUCCCUCCAACCUUCCCUUUUUUUUGGUCUUGUCCCCUUAUCUCCCUCGUUAGUUAUAUCUCUCCAAUAUCUUUCUUCCCUUUUCCUCCCUCCCUUCCUUCCUCACUCCCUCCACCUCUUCUUCUCACCUCCUCGUCUCUCUUUUUUUAACCCUCUUUUCCCUUCCUCCUUUUUUUUCUUCCUUCCUCUUCCUUUUGAGUCCAUUCUGUACUUCAUGUCUCUCUCGUUUUCAUCCCUCCAUCCCUCGCUGUUGGACCAGCCAAAAAUAGCUCUUCUAAGCUCCGGCUGCUCCUUAACUUUCUUUCUCUCUCUUCCUCGUUCUCUCAGUCCCUUCCCUCUCUUCCAUUUGCCUCUUUCUGUUUCUUGCUGCUACUCUCAUCAGUAGUAACACGCACAAACGCACACAAACACACAUGCACACACACAGUAAUCAAAUUCCUCCGGGGUGAUUGCUGAACACAUUUAUGUGCACGCACACACAGUCACACACGCACACAGGGCGAGAGGUCAUUGUAAAUAACUUGGAUUUCGUGCUUUCAUUUCCUGAGGGCAUUGACUCUUGCUUGGUAUUCAUAACCAUAACAUGCAGAACCUGACAGACGGACUGUGUGUGUGUGUGUGUGUGUGUGUGUGUGUGCUGAUACUGUUUUUAUACACCCCCAUGCAAGUACACACAUCCCAGACGUACUUAGUGAAAUAUACGCACACUCUAGGCAUUUUGCAAACAGAUAGAUUGAAAAACAUACAUUCUUGUUAUCGUCCUUCGCCACACACACACACACACACACACACACACACACACACAUAAAGAGAUGAUAAUGGGCUUUUCUGGAAUCCUCCAUCCAUCUUUACUCGCGGUUCCACUCGUCUGCGUCCACUGAUACUUGUAAGACACAUCCUGUCUUCUUCUUCUCUCCCUCUCUCUAUACAGCGUUCACCUCUCUUAAACCUGCAGGCGAAAUAAUGGUUAUCUGCGCACGCACACGCGCACACCUGCUAAUACCAGACAAGGAGUUGUGUUUUGAGACUUUUUAAUGUAUUUAUGCAUUUGGUGUCUCCUGAAUAAUACAUGGUUAUUUGUUAUUUUCCCAUGCGCACACUUCGGAGGACAUGGAAAGGAGUAAAAAAUGAUAAAAGCAAAGCAGUGUUGAAAAUAUGAGGAUAACUACCAGUUCAGCAGACAAUAGUGGAUAUUUUAUUGUAUUUGUGUGGAACAAGAAUGGCAGCAACUGUCAGGAGCCGGAUUUCUGAAGAAUAGCCGUGUCUGUAUUGGCUUGGUUUCUGUAUAAUUUGUGUAUUUAUAUAUAUAUAUAUUAUAUAUAUGUGUGUGUGUGUGUGUGUGUGUGUGUGUGUGUGUGUGUGUGUGUGAGUGUGGCGUGUCACACAAUGUAUGUCCUCAUAUAAACCAAACUUUCUUUCUGUAAAUUCCAAACAGUCGGAUACUUUAUUGGCGUGAAGAGACAGAAAGAGACAAUAUUCAAUAUCUUAGAUAUAUAUCUGUAUUCUUAACUGCACUUUUACGCUCAACACCUUUCGGUGCACACACACACACACACACACACACAACCACUCCUGCCUUGCUACUUGAUGGAGGGCCCUCCAUGGACUGCACUCACCCUCCCAGACUAAUGCUGUGUUCACAUUGUGGCAGCAGAGGGCAAUUGAGACGGCCCUUGCAUUCAAUGGGAGAUUGAUUGUAAAUUCCACCUCCGCUGAUUUUUCAAAUGAUCAAACAGAUGUUAGACUUUCAGAGGUUUUACCGUCUUCCGGUCUUGAGAUAUUCAGCCGCAUGGACGCAGUGGUGUGUGUGUGUCGCGUGUGGGAAUGUGAAUCAGCCGCGCGUCGUCCCGUGUCACGGCUGAGAUGAAGUGGUGCAGCGGUUAUCGAUCCAGCUCGUCGGGACCCGGAGUCCUGCUGCUAUUCGUGUCUGUGAUCUAAUGAGAUGCUGUUUGCACCUGGGUUGGAAUGUGAAUGUGGUUAAGUGAGUGGAAGGAGAGCAACCCAGCAGUCUGUUGCACUGUUGCCAACUUAGCAACUUAGUUGCUAGAUUCAGCAACUUUUCAGGCUACCCUAGCAACUUUUUUUUCAAACAGCACCUAGCAACAAAUUUAGCAACUUAUGAAAAUAUAUUUGGCACUUUUAGCAACUUUUUUAAAGUGACUCAAAUGCUAAAAUGCACGCAGGCAUUUUCCCUCUAAAUGACACAAAAAAGAUUUUCUCCAUCACACACAGCCACACCCACAACACACGUGCCUGGCUGCAAAAGUGCAUUGUGGGUGAUGUCAACAGCAUGUGCUCAGCUCGUGCACAGGAGGGGGCAGCAGCCGAGUGAGCCGAGCCGAGUCAGCCGACAGCCCGACAGUGACACGCAGCAAAUCAUUGUUGGCUGACUGCAGCAGCAGCAGUAUGUCUCAGUCAAAAUUCUACAGCCAGAAGUACAGAAAAGAGUGGGAGUCUGUACCUGAAUUUAAAGGGUGGCUAAAGCCAGUAAUUGGGGAUGAUUGUCGGGCAUACUGUGCGUACUGCAAAUCAGAUAUGCUUGCAAAAAUCUAUGACAUCAGAAAACAUUGUGCUACAGCAAAGCAUAUAAAUAAAUCAAAACCGCACAACCCUGCAACGCAAUCUACAUUACCACAGUUGGUUAAGAAAGUGGAUAAAUGCAAAAGCUCAGAAGCUACUAUGGCAAUGGCCAUUGCAGAGCAUUGUUCGCUGCUAGCAUGUGACCAUUUAGGUAUGGCUUGCAAAGCUGCCUUUUCAGAUUCUGUGGCAGCAACAAACUUCCAAAUGCACCGCACUAAGUGCACAGAAAUGAUUAGGGGAGUACUGGCUCCUUAUUUUCUCAAAAGAGUAACAUCAGAUGUGGGGGAUGAGAAGUUCAGUCUCCUUUUGGAUAAAUCCACUGAUGUAAGUGUCUCGAAAUACUUGGGUGUGGUGAUUCGGUAUUUCAGUGCUAUAAAAAGAACCGUUGUGUCCACAUUUCUCGGGCUGGUUGAAUUGGAGGGGAGCGAUGCCAAAUCAAUAGCAAAGGCAGUAGUUGAGUUACUUAAGAAGUGUAACCUUAAAAAAGAGAAUCUUCACGGUAUUGGCACUGAUAAAGCGUCCGUGAUGACUGGGGUGCACAACGGGGUACACAAGAUUUUAAAGGAAGAAUGUGCAUUGCCCAAUUUGGUACUCAUCCACUGUGUGUGCCAUUCUUUACAAUUGGCUGUCAGUGCAGCAUCCAAAGAAACCAUCCCUAGGAGUGUUGAGUACCUAAUCAGGGAAACCUACAACUGGUUUUCGAUUUCCCCAAAAGAUAGUGUAUGCCACAAUUAAUUGUGGCCAGAAACCCUUGCAGAUCACCAAAGUGUGUGCCACACGUUGGCUAUCGAUUGAGCCUGUGGUAACUCGUAUAUUGAGCCAGUGGGAUGAAUUGAAACUCCACUUUGAGUUGACCAAGGCCAGUGAGCAUUGCUACAUGGCGGAUGUGCUCCAUGCCAUGUACGUGGACAAGACCAACUAUGUCUACCUGACAUUCUUGAAAUCAAUCCUGUCUGACGUACAAGUUGCAUUGAAGUCAUUUGAGGGAGAGCAAACAGAUCCUGUUAAGCUUUUGGACAAUCUGGUACACCUCUUAACAUCAAUUUGCAGCAGAGUAGUCCACCCUAUGGCAAAAAUUGAUGUCCUGAAGGAUGCCAUUGAUGGACAUCUCAGUCCAUCACCAUACCUUGGGUACCUUUUUCGAGAGCACAGUGUCCCGACUCAGUCUUGCGCCAGACGACGAAAAGGUAAUUCGUAGACGGUGCAUCAACUACAUUGUUGCUUUAAGGAAGGAGCUGCAAGGAAGGCUCACAGACAACCUAGAAGCCUUGUGAAACAUGGCCUUGUUCAGUGUUAAGGACACGCUAAACCACAAUAAAGGCACCACUGAAAUUAUUAAAGUAGCUGAGCUACUGGGGUACCAUCCCCAAACAAUUGACAAAAUUGUUUCCCAAUGGAGAAUCAUCCAUCUGUUUAGGUGGGACUCAACUGAAAAUACAGCUGAGUUUUGGAGUGAAGUGAAAAACUACAGGGACUCUUCCGGGUCAAAUCCAUUUGAAGAACUGUGCAAAGCUGCACUCGCUGCCCUCUCCUUGCCACACUCAAAUGCGGAGGUUGAACAGCUGUUCAGCCAAAUGAGUGUGGUCAAGUCAAAGCUGAGAAAUAGGAUGUUACUGCACACUCUCAACUCCAUACUCCUGGUGCGGUAUGGACUGAAGCUGGCUGGAGAUACCUGUUACCAGCACAAACUACCAAGUGAAGUUCUGGAGAAGUUUGGCACCAAAACAGCAUACGGCUUUAAGGCCACUCCAUCCUCUUCUGCUGGUUCCAGCUCCGUGACAAUGCAGUUGGACAGUGAAGAUGAAGAGGUUUUCUUUUCCACUUUUUGAUUCAUCAUAUUUACAGUAUGUAUGCAAGGAGUGGACUUUCUGGAACUGGCGGAGACACACAGCUGAUGGUGGCAGUGUGCACUGCCGUGUGAGCGAGAACAGUGGCAAUAUCUGGAGGGAACCUUUGAGCAGCUAGCCAGCCAAGCAGCACAACAGCCUGGAGACAGCUGGAAAGAGAUGCCCAGUGCACACAUCAUUAUUUGAGUUAAGUUGCUUGUUCAAUAAGAUAUCAUAUAUACCUUGUUAUUAGCUUGUACCUAUAAUUAUUGAUCAGUUUGGUUGCAUGUUAACUAACUACCAGUACACUGCUUAAAUUGUUCAGAAUGUGUAGGUUUACUAAUUUUUUCUAUAAGAAAAGAAAAAAAAGUAAUUGUUCAAUAAUGUGUAAUUGUUCAAUAAUUCAAUGUGUUGUGUUUAAAAAUA